CUGAAUCGCGAACGCGCGGUCGUAAACCGCAGUUGCUUCCCUUCGGCCGUCUGUAGUCGCCGCGGCGAUUGUAACAACCCUCCUAUCGAUCUGUUUCAUUCACAAUGUUUUGGCAAUUCACAAUGAAUCAGUACAUCCCGGUUAUUAGUAUUUGAUAGGAACAGACUUUUUAGUUUUAUUUCCAAAACACAGCCCAGUAGUUAAAAUUUGGACUCAGUGAAAGUUGAGGUUGUUUAGAAAUCUCUUUAUAUAGAUAUAAAUUUUAUUAAAUAUUGAUUAAUACAACAUGAAGGAUAAAAAAGGAAGGGAUGGAGCUCACGAGGCUAUGCUCAGUGAAGGUCAAAAGCCAAAAAUCUUAAGUAAAGACAGCAGAAAAGACGAAGAGUAUGAAGCUCUUCAGAGCUUUCUUCGCAGCAUUAGUUCCACAGCCACACUACCACCAUACGUCAAAGGCGAAACAUACUCUUCAGUCCGUGGAGUACUGAACCAGGCUCUAAUUACAUGUGCUGUAUUAAUACUGGCUGCGGGUGCAGGGCAUCCCAUUGGGUUUUCUGCCGUUGCACUGCCUCAACUCAGAGAUGAGAAUUCCACCAUGAGAAUAGACGAUGAGAUGGGCUCUUGGAUAGCAAGUAUACAUUCAGCGGCGACGCCGCUGGGUUCCAUGUUAUCAGGCCCUAUAAUGGAAGCUAUCGGGAGGCGUCGGACAUUACAGGCAUGCAUAUUGCCACUAAUAUUAGGCUGGAUUAUUAUUGGCACUGCCACUCACCAUGCAUUAAUGCUGCUUGGAAGAAUCGUCUGUGGAUUCGCUGUGGGCAUCAUGGCAGCACCUUCGCAAGUUUAUCUCGGCGAAAUUUCAGAGCCAAGACUCCGCGGAUUACUUAUAGGAACGCCAUUCGUGGCCUACUCACUGGGAGUGUUAUACGUAUACGCACUAGGUGGCGCCCUGCCCUGGAGAACUGUGGCCUUCAUGUCCAUCGUACUGCCCAUCUUGGCGUUUGUGGCAUUGUGCUUCUCACCCGAGAGCCCCACGUGGCUGGCGCGCCGCGGCCGCUUCCACGAUGCUAUGGCAGCCAUGUCUUGCUUACGAGGCAACUCGGACACUGCCCAACGUGAACUUCACGAAUUGAUAUCAGCACGCGAGAAAGAGAAAGCAAGAGGUGAAGAGACUAUCAGAUUCUUUGCUACAGUGACUCGCGCGCCAGUACUUAAGCCACUGCUUCUCAUCAAUGCAUUCAACAUGCUGCAGAUAAUGUCGGGCAGCUAUGUUGUUAUCUUUUACGCUGUCGACAUAGUGAAAGACUCUGGUGGAUCAUUGCAACCACAUAUGGCGGCAAACGCAACUGCUUUAAUGCGACUAGUGAUGACAAUAAUCGCGUGUAUACUGUUGCUAAAAGUGACGCGGCGCGCGCUAGUGUUGGUGUCUGGCGCAGGGACAGCUCUCUGUACACUCGCCCUCGCCACGAUUCUGUCACAGGGUCCUGGCUACGGCUACUUACCCCCCCUUAUUCUCGGCUACGUAGGUUUCAAUACCUUAGGUUUCUUUUUAUUACCAGGGCUAAUGAUUGGGGAAUUGUUGCCGACUAAAGUCAGGGGUUUGUGUGGCGGAUACAUAUUCUGCCUCUUUAACUCAGUCUUAUUUGGUUUCACUAAACUAUUUCCUAUAAUGAAGACCGCCAUCGGUAUAGGGGGGGUGUUCGGCAUAUUCGGCGGUUCUGCAUUGCUUGCCACCAUCAUACUUUUCCUAAUGCUACCAGAAACUAAGGGGAAAUCCUUAAUACAAAUUGAACAGUAUUACCAGAAACCAAACUUCUUUUGGUUAACUCGGAAGAAAGCUGGUAGUGAAAGUAAUAAUGUUUGAACAAUUUUGAACCUUAUUGGAUGUCUAAGAUUGCCCUAGCGAAGUGACUCAUCAAACACUAUUUUUAUAUUAGAUUUUUAUUAGUUCCAAUUCUGUAACUAUUAUUUUACAACGUGUCUAAAAUAUCAGAUAUUUGAGACACUUAUUCUCGAAUAACAAGAAAUAAAAUUGAUCAAAAAUUAUAAUUUUGUUGUAAUCUUAGUCUUGGAAUAGUACUAAAAUUUUCACAUUACAAUGUACCUAUAUAACAGGUGCUAAACAAUACACUCUCUGUCCUUUUUAUAAUAAGUAUAUAAUACGAAAUUGUGUCUAAAUGAUCGUCCAAAUAUAUCCUGUUAAUGUACACAUUUUAUUGCCGUAUAGUAUUAUAAUGUUCGACCAAUUGAAAUGUAUGUAUAUAAAUCUAUUGCUGUUUUUUUUUUUUUGUUUACAAGCGCAAUAUAAUUAUGAGAGAUCUAUGUGUAAUAAUAAGGAAUUUGGCUUAUAUGUAAUCAAUAAAUACUUACCUGUGAUGUGUAAACAAGUGGCUUGUUCCGAUUGUAUAUUGUACUUAUUUUUCAAACAUUUAAAUGGUGCAUUUAAGUAAAAUAUAAAUGUUACAGAUAACAAUGACAAUACAAUUUGUAUUUGUCUCGUUAUGUGUUAAAUUAUACAGAUGUAAGAGAAAGGGUCUCACAAUUUGAAUGCCAGUGAUAAGUACUCGUGAAACAAGAUAUAUAUCUCUAAAAAACAUGGCUCACAAUAUGAAAUUGUGUUUAUAAAUUUAUUUAACAAAAUAUAAACUUUAAUCAUGACAAAAUUUAUAUGGGACUAACACGAGUAAGAUAUAUUUAAGGCAAAAAAAAUUAUCAAAAUCAGUAUCGCUGUAUUGGUGAAAAAUAUCGCUUAACUUACACAAAAAAAAAGGCAAUAAAAUUGAAAAUGUCUAUCUUCUUAAACGAUACAAAGGUGAAUACGAUCACAUGAUCGCACCAUGUUCCUUGGAGAAACUAUCCAUAUUGUUAUACCUUUUCCGUUACAGCCUGUAUACAUAGAUACGUAAGUUCAGUGUCAGAAUAUACAUGGGAAAAUCAUUUUGUAUUACGAGAUUUUUAUCUGUGAUCUAUAUUAAUGGUCGUGUCGUUAAGUACAUAUGUAAUUUUAAUGUAGUAAACCAACUGCGUGUACUUAGUAAGAAAUUAUUUUGUAAUCACAUUAAUAGAAUUUUACAAAUUGUGAUAAAAAUAUAUAUAUGUAUAAAUAAUAAAUAAAUAUACAUGUUUUCUUUUAAAAAAAAUUA